AUGGCGAGGGGGGGGAACGAGAGCGAGGUCUUCAUUAACGGCCCACUGCCGAAAAGGGGGACGGACUCCGGGCCCAGGCUGACGGGCCUGGAGCAGGGCCUCUGCAAGCAGGGGACUGCCUGCUUCAUAAGGCUAUUCACCCGGACAAGGUUUGGUCGGAUCAAGGAGGUCAGAGGCCAACUUGUUAGCGCCAAGCCUGAUGAAGAAACAGGUUGA